GAUCACAGCCAUUGCACUGCCGUUACGCAGGAACCUCUUCCUCAGCGACAUUCUCUACGGCAAACAAUCUCGUUGACAACUUACUGUCCUCUUGCUGAAGCAGCUGGGAGCUCAUCUGAUUCGUGUGACUUGACGAUGUUCCCGCUCAACAGCUUGGCGCCGUAAAUGUGUUUCGACGUGGUGUCACCACUUGAAGCCCGUUAUCCCCUCCCAAAAGCUGCGCCGUGAUCGCCCUCCGGACUCCAUAACGAAUCAUGCCUACCAGACGACGAGGAAGUGAUGUCUCCUGGCUCACUGGAAGCGCUCCUCAUCCCGAGGCAAUCGGUGUCAGCAGUGGCAGCGGGAGUAUGCCUAUCGAACGCUUCUCUUCGAAUAGCCUACCUCAUAACCCGAGAAGUGCACGAGGAGAUUCCAUAUUCAAAACAUUGGCUAUGACUGGUGUGGGCGAAGGGAAUCGAUACGAUGUCGCGCUGGAUUCUGAAGACGAAGACGACGAAACGCUUACCAUUGGGAUCACGAGCGAGGAAUCUUGGACAUUAGAGGAACACUUCCCGACCCGAACAGGUAUUCAAUAUGUUGUCGAGGCACACACCACAAGUUUAUCGAACAGAGGCGUAACGACCAACUUGUCCGAAUCGGACACAUUCAAGAUGUCUCUGACCAUCUCGCGUCGAAAUGCUGUGACCCUCAUCGACGACAUACAAGACGAACUCAUAACCCUGGUUGCUCUGAAGGACAAAGACUUACUUCUGCGCAAGACGCUCAUCAAGCUCCUCGUGAGACUGACACACAGGUUCAACUGGAUCCCGUCAAGCCUUCUCGUUCACGACGUGACGUCCGUGUCCCCGGACCCAAUAUACGCAGGGGGUUUUGCAGAUAUUUUCAAAGCUUCACAUCGAGGACAAGAGGUAGCGCUGAAACGCUUCAGAGAGUUUCUCCCAGGGCACGACUCUAACGCACUAGACAAGCGCUUUCAUCGCGAGAUCUUCAUGUGGAAAGCGCUAAGCCAUAAGCACGUCCUUCCUUUCCUCGGCGUGGACAAGGACACGUUCCCGAGUCGCCUCUGCAUGGUCUCCCCAUGGAUGAAAAACUGCAACCUUCUCAGCUAUAUCGGCACAAACCGGUGUUCAUCGCGAAAGAUCAACGAGCUGCUGUUCCAUGCGGCUCGGGGCUUGGAAUAUCUGCAUUCACAAAGGGUCGUUCACGGUGACAUGCGAUGCGUAAACAUCCUCGUCAACGACCGAGACGAAGCGGUGUUGGCGGACUUCGGGCUAGCCAGUCUGUCUGCUGGCAUGGCGAAUACGAUCACCAUCACCGAAGGCUCUGCUAGGUGGAACGCGCCAGAGCUGCUUAUGGGGGACCGCGUCAUUCGCUCGCAUGAGAGCGACAUAUAUUCCUUCGGUUGCGUAUGCCUCGAGGCCUACACUGGAAGGGCACCCUUUGCGGACAUUGCGAGCGGAUUCGCGGUUAUCGCGAGGGUAGUAGCCGGCGACAAGCCAACCCGCCCCUUCCGGCCGUCACCGCAAGGGAACCUCAUCUCUGACGGUCUAUGGAGUCUGAUGAUCAUGUGCUGGGACAGAUCUCCGCAAGAACGGCCGAACGCACAGGAGCUGUCUUACCAACUUGGUCAGAUCUGCUCGCACGGUCGCUCGCGUUCAGCCACGGCUUAUUAAGGGCUUAGCGUGCCUCAUGCAUCCAAACCGAUAUCCGUUUAUCGACACGCACGUCUUAUUUGCAUAGUCUCUACAUCCCCUUUCUUCAUAUGCUGAUACCCGCACUGGAAUUUACCUCGCAUGGAUACUGACCGCAAAC